AUGCAAAACACUGAAAACCGUUGGUAGUCAUAUACUUAUAUUGUAUGGAUACAAUAUCAAUGAAAAGAAAAUGGGGACAAACGUUUUUUCAAAAUAUCUUUUGUGAGAAGAAAGUCAAACAGGUUUGGAAUGACACAAGGGGCCCUUAUUUUAACGAUCUGAAACGCAAGUGUCAAAGCGCGAAGCGCAAGUAACUUUGUGGGCGGGUCUCGGCACUGCUGCUAUUUUCCCGGCAGGAUAAAUGGCUCUUGCGCCUUGCGCAAAUCUAAAAUGGGUUGGUCUGAAGUAGCUUCAUUAUUCAUAGGUGUGGUUUGGGCGUAACGUGAAAUAAACCAAUCAGAGCGUCAUCCAACAUUCCCUUUAAAAGCAGGUGCGCAAGUUCCAUUAUGGAUUGCUAUUAUUAUGGCGUAUUUACCAGGCGCACGCCAGGAGCGGUUCACAGCCGAGGAGACUGAUGUUCUUGUAAGAGCAGUGAAAGACAGAGAAGUUGUGUUGUAUGGGGAUGGGAGAAACCCACCCAAAAUAGCGUCGGUUAAACAGGCGUGGGAGGAAAUAGCCAAAAUUGUUUCAUCAGCUGGCAUCCCCAGGACGUCGCACCAGUGCCGCAAGCGCUACAAUGACAUCAGAAGACGGGUAAAGUCCAAGCUUGCCAGCAUCAAUCGGGCACGCCGUGUAACGGGAGGUGGAUCUGCCUCUACUCAGGACCUGACGCCAGCAGAGGACAUCGCUGCGUCCACCCUCACCGCUGAAAGCAGUCCAACCCCAAGCUUCGCAGGAAGACCCUGGCCUCGUGAGCCGUGCGCACGGGCCAUCUGAGGAGGGAACAGCGCAACCAUCAAGGUCCAGACCCACUACACGCCGUGGCAGCAUUGCUAGACCGGAGGACCACCCCUUCCUGCAGCUCCAGCAAACCGGAUUUGAAAUGCUGGAGCGGUAGCUGUCUGGGAUGCGGCAAAGUGUGAAUGGCCGUCUUGACAGGAUGGCGAUGUUGCUGCGGCCUCUCGGGCGCAUCUCCUCAAGCCUGGAGAGGAUUGCUGCAGCCAUGGAGCGUGGCCCUUCAAGCGCACCACCACCUCCUGUUGUGCCUCUUCCUCCUUCCCCCACUCCAUCUCCAUCCACCCGUUCCACCAGGCGCACAUCACGCAAUGCCAUUCCCGGACCCUCAGGUGUCCAAUCCCGCCGUGGCGCGCGUCGCAAAACUACCAGAGGAGGGAAAAAGAAAUGAACUUUUUCUGUUUAA